AUGUUACUAUUUCUAUUUUUAAUAAUUUCAAUAUUUUCAACUACAUCCGCUGAUACUUCAGAUCAACCAAAAUUUGAUCGAUCACAUGAAACUGUUUCUGUUGUUGUCGGUAAACGUGCAUUGUUACCAUGUUACGUAUCAAUAAAAGACGCUAGUAAUAGUCCAUUUAAAGUUAUUUGGAUGAAAUUAAAUAAUAGUUCAAUUUUAACUAUGGAAGAUCGUGCUAUUAAUGGUGAUCCACGUAUAUCAUUAUUACAUGCAUAUGCUGAUGAAUGGAAUUUACAAAUUGAUGAUAUUGAUGAAGAUGAUGCUGGAAUUUAUCAAUGUGUUAUUAAUACAGGCAUGUAUAAAACAUUAACAUUAGAUGUUAAAGUUCCACCAAAAAUAAUUGAUGAACUAACAACAGAACCUUAUCCAUCACCGAUAAGAUCAGGUUCAAAUUUUACAAUAAAAUGUUAUGCACAUGGUAAACCAAUGCCAAAAAUUCGCAUUCUUUCAUAUGAUCAAUCAGACAAUGCUAAAAUUAUCAGUGAUCAAAAUGAAGUAACACUUUAUGAUAUAUCUCGUCAUACACGUCGUCGUUAUGAAUGUAUAGCUAGUAAUGGUUAUCCACCGGAUGUUGCACGUUCAUUUCAAUUAACAAUUCAAUAUGCACCUGAAUUAAAUCUUAUUGUUUUAUCAAAAACAAAUGAUGAAUUAAUAUCAUCAGUAUUAUUUAUUGAAUUAAAUCAAAAUAAUAUUCGACUUAAAUGUCAAAUAUUAAUGAAUCCAUUAGAUAAAAUUUAUUGGACAAAAGAUAAUCGUAAAUUAAUAAAUAAUCAUCAUAUACAUCAAUAUGUAUCAACUUCAAUGGAAAAUUUUAUUAUGUCUGAACUUGUGAUAAAAGAAUUUUUAAAUGAUGAUCAAGGUGAAUAUUCAUGUAUUGCUUCAAAUUUAUUAGGAAUGAAUUCAAAAAGUAUUCAAUUAUUUGUUGCACCAACAACAACAACAACAACAACAACAACGACGACAACAACAACAAUUAUAACUUCAACAAUAACUGAAUUAUCAACUUCACGAAUGAUUAUUCCACGUCGUAAACGUCCAAAACAUAGUCGAACAACAACAAUAUCACAAGAAUUCUAUCGUUCAACAGAACUUUUAAGAGAGAUGACUAUCAUAUCAUCACAAGGUAAAUGA